GGUCGGCGAUUUGGAUUCCCAGUUUUUUUAAUUGAAAUGGUACUUUUUCAAUCCUUUGGUGGGAUGUACUGGGAAUUCUCUCAUUGAGGUAUCCGUUGGUGUGCUGGAAAUUUGGGGCACGUAAAGAUUUGUCUUGGAAAAUCCUCUAGAGAUUAAUUCGAUGUUUAUUGAUGGCCAGGCUGAGAGUCGUGUAAUAGACCCUUUUGUAUGUUAAAGGGUGUUCCGGUAGUACAAAAUUGUAUGUAUUUAUCGAUCCUGUUUAAAGAAGUAAUAGAAGUACAUUUAUUUACCAGAUUUACAUUUAUUCAGUAUAUUGGAAAUAAUAAAUUUGGCAGAUUUAUUUAGAAGUUCGAUAUUUGACGUGACAUUUUGACAAAAUUUAAGGAAGAUUGCAGUGUGUUUAUCCAGGCAAAUGAUUUUUUUUAUUGAAGGAAAUAAGGACGGUAAUAGAUUUUAUUUUAUUUUAUGGGAGAAAACAAGAAAGAACAAGGUACAAUUUAGAUUGGGUUAAGGGGUCUAAAAAGGGGACUAAAAUACAAUGAUUUUUAUAUUUAUGUGAAGGAAACAGCUGGUUCUGGUUUAUUUUUUUUAAUUAAUUACUUACUUUUGUUCUUAUUAACUAUUGCAAUCAAAAUUAAUAUUUGUAUGUAAAAAGGGACUUAAAAUUUUGUUGACAUUAUAUUCUCUAUAGUUAUCUAGUGUUUUAUUUGAACUGUCAUGUCUCAUGCUCAUCUAAAUCAAACCAACUAAUUAAAAAUAAUAAUUCCGACUGAGAAAUAGCUGUGGUACAUUUUUGGCGCCCAACGUGGGGCUUUUCAACCACCCGAGAUUUUUAUUUUUUUUUUUUAGAUAGUUCAAGUAAGACAUAGGUUACGUAGAGUUACAGAAGUUGAAAAUUAAUAAUCAAAAGUUAAAUGUACUUUUAUUUAAAGUGAGGUAGAGGUUUUCUUGUCUUAUUUUUUUUUGUGUAUUUUAAUUUCUCUAAAAGAAAAUGUCGUUUAAACUUGAUGUUGACCGUUUGGUCAAAGACGAACUUGAAGUUGAGUUGCAAAUGAGAGGUAUUAUUUUGACUAAUUGUAAGGUAGAAGAGUUAAAGAGUACUUUGCGUAGUUGCCUUGUUUUAGAAAAAUUUGGCAAAAUCCCUAACUUUGAUUUACCUCCUGAUAUUCCUGCUGAGUUGACAAGUUGUGAAAAUAAAUUAAAAGAGAUUCUGAAUAUUAUUAAUGCUUUUACAGGUACUGCAAACCAAAUAAGAAGGAUUGAGACUAAGUUUGCACAUCUUUCAGGUAGAUUGAACCGUAUUCACAGUACAGACACUGAUGAAAUGUCAAAGCGUUCUGCAUUGUUAAAGAAAUUGAUGGAUUUGAUAGGUGAAUAUACUACUAAGUCUAAUGUUUUGAAAACUAGUAAUGUUGUUUCUGUAGAGAUGCCUACUGAUCCUAAUUUUUAUCAUCAUAUUGAUUUAUCAGGUCUUAAUUUAAAUGACCCUAAUGGUAAUUCUACCCCUACUCGAAAUAUUUCUGCACCGAAUGUGAGUAACCAAACAAAUCAAACUUCGAAUUCAACAGUUAAUCCCAUUGUUUUCUUGCCAUCUAAUAGUGACUUUCCUUCAGAACCUGUAUAUAAGUGGGGAAUUAAGUAUUCUGGUAAACCACAAAAUUUUUCUGUUUUUCUUGAAGAAGUUGAGGAGUAUUGUAGGUCACGUAAUGUAAAUAAAAUUCAGUUAUUUUCUUGUGCUAGAGAUUUAUUUACUGGUAACGCUUUAGGUUUUUAUAAAUUGUAUAGGAACUAUGCUAGCAACUGGGAUAGUUUAGUGAGCUUAAUGAAGGAAGAAUUUACCCUUUCUGCAGAUGAGAUCUGGCAGGAUAUUCUUCAUACUACUCAGGAAUCUAACGAAUCUAUUGGUAUGUUUGUUGCCAAGAUGACCAGUAAGUUCGAACAAAUGCCAACACCAGUUCCGGACAGUUUAAAAAUGCAGGUGUUACUUAAAAACAUUUUACCUUUUUAUCAGGAAAGAUUAACUUUAGUCGAAGUAAAGACUCCUUUUGAUUUAAUUGACUUGUGUCGAAAAAUUGAGAAAACUCGAAUUAAUAUUGAGUCGUUUAAGCCUUCUUCUAGUAGUAGAGCUAAUUCUUCUCGUCAUCACGUUGUACAAGAAGUAGAGGCGUUUGUACCUAAAUGCUGGCGCUGUAAUGAGUAUAGUCACGUGGUUAAGGACUGUAAGAGGCCAAAACGUGUGUUUAGAUGCUUUGGUUGUAACAAAGAAGGUUUUACUAAAAAUAAUUGUCCUCAAUGUAAUUCACAGAAUCGUAGCAAUAAUUUUAUCUCGAAUCGGAAUAGACAGUUAAAGGUCGAAAAGGAAGAAGGUAGUGAUAAUUUUUAUUCAUUUAAGUUAGUUUUAGAUUAUAUUUUAGCACAGAGUAAUGACAGUGAAUGUCCUUAUGUAGAAGUUGAUAUCUUAGAAAUAAGUAAUGUUCAAGCAAUAAACCCCGAAUGUGACGAAUAUGAUUUUUCUUCUACCAGUGAUAAAUGGUAUAAGAAAAUGUGUAAUAAUGUAAAUAAAAAUCCUUUAAAAUUUGUCAGAUGGAGACUAGCAAAUAAUAAGUUGUAUAAAUAUAUUGAUCAAGAUUUUCCGAGUUUAAGAGAUGAUUGUGAAUAUUGGAAACUUGUAGUUCCAAAAGAUUUUCGAGAUAAGAUACUUCAGAGGUGUCAUGAUUCUUGUGUUUCAGGUCAUUUAGGUAUCUACAAAACAUUUCAUCGUGUAUCUCGCCUUUUCUAUUGGCCUUUUAUGAAAAUGGACAUUACGAAAUAUAUAAGGAAAUGUGAGGUUUGUUUAAGGACGAAGCCUGAACAGAAAAGUCCUGCAGGACAUAUGGGACAGGCUGUCGAACCCACAAAACCUUGGGAGAUCAUCAGUAUGGACUUAUUUGGACCAUUGCCCAGAAGUUCAGCUGGUAAUACUUGGAUUUUGGUAGUUACUGAUAAGUUCAGUAAAUUUCCUCUUUUAUUCCCUCUGAGAAAGGCAACUGCCACUUCUAUAAGUAAAAUUUUAAAAGAAAAUGUAUUUCUUUUGUUUGGUGUUCCCAGAGUCUUAAAAUGUGAUAAUGGAAGUCAGUUCAAAGGUAAUAUUUUAAGAUCUUUUUGUCAAGAGUUUGGAAUCAGAUUUCUUUUUACUCCAAAUUUUACCCCUCAUCCAAACCCUACUGAACGAAUUAAUCGUAUCAUGAAAACCAUGUUGAUGGCUUAUGUUAAAGAUAAUCAUAGGUUGUGGGAUGUUAAUUUACCUGAACUAGGUUGUGCUAUUAGAACUGCCAAACAUGAGGUGACAGGUCAAACACCAUACUUCAUUAAUUUUGGUUGUGAGAUGAUGACUCAUGGAAGUGAAUAUCAUCUAAAAAUAGGGAAUGAAGAAAAUAAACAACGUGUGUAUGAUCGUUCUAAAAAUAUGAAUAGGUUGAGAGACUGGGUUAAGAAGCGGAUUGAUAAAGCUUCAGAUAACACCAGAGAAAGAUAUAAUUUAAGAAGAAGGGAUGUUCAUUUUAAGGAAAAUGAUUUAGUUUGGAAAAAGAACUAUGUUCUUUCUGAUAAAGCUAAUUAUUUUACAUCUAAGUUUGCUGAUAGAUUUGUUGGACCUUUUAGAGUAAAGCGUAAGGUUGGUUAUUGUACAUAUGAAUUAAUAAAUGAUAAUGGUAAGUCUAUUGGUCACUGGCAUGUGAAAGACUUGAAACCUCACCCACAGAACUCUGAUAGCCACGUUGAAUCGGAUUCUGAUGUAGAUAGUGUAACAUAGUAUGUAUUUUUAACAAGUUUCUUUGGGAUUCAAUUCAAAGAAACUUAAUUUUCUUUCCGGAAGGAAAGGUGGAGUUAUUACGGUUGAAAAUUUAGUAGUAACGUUUGUUGAGUUUUGGUUGUUUAUAACCGAUUAUUUUGUCCUUGGAGGAUGUAUAAUUUGUAUGUUUGGAUGUAUAUGCUUUUUGUGUGAGUCAGUGAGAGAAGAUUUUUGUUGUAGAGUUUUUUGUUUUGAACGCCUUGUUAGCAAAUCAACAACGUUCAUUCUUUUCAAUAAACAUUUUUGAGAAAGCACUUUGGUCGGCGAUUUGGAUUCCCAGUUUUUUUAAUUGAAAUGGUACUUUUUCAAUCCUUUGGUGGGAUGUACUGGGAAUUCUCUCAUUGAGGUAUCCGUUGGUGUGCUGGAAAUUUGGGGCACGUAAAGAUUUGUCUUGGAAAAUCCUCUAGAGAUUAAUUCGAUGUUUAUUGAUGGCCAGGCUGAGAGUCGUGUAAUAGACCCUUUUGUAUGUUAAAGGGUGUUCCGGUAGUACAAAAUUGUAUGUAUUUAUCGAUCCUGUUUAAAGAAGUAAUAGAAGUACAUUUAUUUACCAGAUUUACAUUUAUUCAGUAUAUUGGAAAUAAUAAAUUUGGCAGAUUUAUUUAGAAGUUCGAUAUUUGACGUGACAUUUUGACAAAAUUUAAGGAAGAUUGCAGUGUGUUUAUCCAGGCAAAUGAUUUUUUUUAUUGAAGGAAAUAAGGACGGUAAUAGAUUUUAUUUUAUUUUAUGGGAGAAAACAAGAAAGAACAAGGUACAAUUUAGAUUGGGUUAAGGGGUCUAAAAAGGGGACUAAAAUACAAUGAUUUUUAUAUUUAUGUGAAGGAAACAGCUGGUUCUGGUUUAUUUUUUUUAAUUAAUUACUUACUUUUGUUCUUAUUAACUAUUGCAAUCAAAAUUAAUAUUUGUAUGUAAAAAGGGACUUAAAAUUUUGUUGACAUUAUAUUCUCUAUAGUUA